UGCUGCUGUUUCUUUGAUUGGAGGGAAACCCCGUGGACGAGCGGGAGAGAUCAUCAGCUGUGCUGCCGGGUAUCAGGAGCAACAUCGUCUAACGACACUCACAGCCCACACAGGAGCCAUGACAGACAGGGACGACCAGAUACAGAAAGCCAGACUGGCAGAGCAGGCUGAGCGCUAUGAUGACAUGGCUGCAGCCAUGAAGCCUGUCACGGAGGGAAACGAUCCACUCAGCAACGAGGAGCGCAACCUGCUCUCUGUUGCCUACAAGAAUGUGGUGGGGGCUAGGAGGUCCUCAUGGAGGGUGGUAUCCAGCAUGCAGCAUAAGUCCGAAGACAGCAUGAAGAUUGAAAUGGCCAAGGCGUACAAAGAGACGAUCGAGUUGGAGCUGAGGAAAAUCUGCAACGAAGUUCUGGAACUGCUCAACAAACAUCUAAUCCCCAAAGCUGAGUCUCCCGACAGCAAAGUCUUCUACCUGAAGAUGAAAGGAGACUACUACCGCUACCUGGCUGAGGUUGCUUCUGACAACGACAAGGAGGAAACCAUCGAGAAUUCACAAAAAGCCUACCAGGCUGCCUUGGAAAUCAGCGCCAGAGAUAUGCCACCAACACAUCCCAUCCGCCUAGGCCUCGCUCUUAACUUCUCUGUCUUCUACUACGAGAUCGUCAACUCGCCUGAAAAAGCCUGUCAGCUGGCCAAGGCGGCCUUUGAUGAGGCCAUUUCCAUGCUGGACACCCUCAACCAAGAGUCCUACAAAGACAGCACCUUGAUCAUGCAGCUGCUCCGUGACAAUCUGACACUGUGGAUGUCAGACGCUCAGGGUGACGGUGAGGUAGAGGACACGGAGCAGGAACAGGAGAAGGAUAAGAAGGAGAAGAAGGAAGAGAAGGAGGAGAAAGAGAAGGAGAAGGAGCCGGAGCAGGUAGCUUAGAAGAAAUGAACUUCGGGGGAAAAAACAAGACAAAUACACAUUUUUUACCUCUCACCAGCCUAAGUUGUGUGUGUGGUUGUGUGUGCACAUACAUGCACAGCUAUGUAUGUUUACACUCCACUCACAAUGUGUAAAGUACAGUAUGUGUGUGCGGAUACAUUCAAGUGUGCGCGUGUGUGUGCGUGUGUGUGUGUGUUAAUUGUAUGAGCACCUCCACAGAGAAAAGAAUGGAAUAGAUCUGUUUUUUUUGUUUCUUUUGAAGAUUACUCAUUGUGUCAACCAGUGGAUGUUUUUUUUUUUUUUUGUUUCUUAUCCAUGAUUUAGUCCAAAUGAAAUCCCUCCUUUUUUAGAUCCAAAUCAAGCCCCUUGUUCUUUAACCUUAUUCACUGUAGCAAACUGCUGUUGUUGCAGGAAAACUUAAACAAAACAAACUCUGUCAUUUUGAUAAUUUGUAUGUUUUUACUUGAACUCAACAUUUACAAUCUUUGUGACACGUGGGUCUAAAAAUUCCUUCAAAGCAUUUACUGUUAAAAAACAAAUAAAAAAAGAUGAUCACAGCAGUCUGAAUUCACUAAACUUAUGCCAAUCACAAUGACCAUGUAGAUGGCAGAAUUUACCUCGGUAAAGAUCUAUUAACAUAUUGCUUGUAUCCAUCCCGCCCUGUCAAUGUCCAGUGUGCAGGUAGUGUUUUUAAGGAUGGUACAUGUGUCAUUACUAAGUGGGUUCUGUGUGCAUGUGGGUGUAGGAAAGUUUUUUUUUUUUUUUUUUUUUUUUUUGGUAUGAAUGGCCACUUGCGGAAGCUGUGGUAAAACUUGGGUUGACCGUUUUUGUUGAGAGGAUUACAUUCCAUUUAACUGACAUCUUUUCACUCUCUGUGAAAUGUGUAGACUAUAAUUUCCUGCAAUUUUCCACAACACAUGACAAGGUAUAGACAGCCUAAGAUAAAGUGAACAACUUGACAAAAUGGCUCGAUACUGUAACUUUUUGAUAUUUUAUCUUUUCAGCAGUGCAGAGGAUACUUUUGCCAUGUGCUUUUAUGUGGCUUUCUACUCUUUUCUAUUCAGGUGUUUUGUAUUUUCUUUUUGUGUAUUUUAUUCCCUUUGACUCCUGAUUUGACUCCUGGAAUGUAUGUGGUUCUCAUUAGUAUGGUAUAAGGGUUAGCCGUGCUUUCAAACUGGCAGGUUUUGCUUAGGAUUUAGCUUGAACCAGGUGGUUUACAGUAACAUUUACCUUUUCUUGAAAGUACAUUGUGAAAAGACAAACUUAAACAAUGCUAAAUGUAAACUGAUUAUCAAAGUAACUUGGUAGAAAGCUGUGUUAUGACCAUUUAGUAGUCACAGAGUAGUGCCAGUUUCUUCUAAUAACAGUAUCUUGAUUUUAAAAAGAUGGGGAUGCCGGAUUCAGAACACAUUUGAGUACGUUAUUUGGUUAUGUGCUUUUCAUGUAAGUGGAAUUAAAACAUUAAAAUCAAGUGUGCUGUG